ACAGCUGGGAAUCAUUUGCUUGGGGGUGGGGCAGCCCCCUGACUAUAUAAGCCUGGACCUAGGUGUCCCAGGCACCCUGGAAGCCCAGACCCUCCAGUGCUGCUCCCUGCGUUCUCCAGCCUGACCCUCCAGCAACCUUGGCAAUGAGAGGAAAAGCCACCUGGGAAGCCCUUGCGUGUGGUCCGGAGGAGACUGCCUCUGAGUCUGCAAAUGUGCCCACCACAGAGCCCUCUGGAGAAGUGGCAGCACCGAAGUCCACCGGGGAAGAGCAGUCUCCCAAGCCACAGGAGCCUGCCCCUCAGGCGCCUGCCCCCGCAGCCUCUAAACCCACACCUCCAAGUGAAGAUGUCCCCAGUGCCCCGCUGUUGCUGGCUGUGGAGGACGUGAGUGACAGCGCGGUGACCGUGAGCUGGGAACCCCCGGAGAGGCUAGGGAAGCUGGGGCUCCAGGGCUAUGUUCUGGAACUCCGCCGAGAGGGAGCCUCGGAGUGGGUGCCUGUGAAUUCCCGGCCCAUGAUGGUGACCCAGCAGACCAUGCGGAACCUGGCUCUAGGUGACAAGUUCUUCGUACGUGUGACUGCAGUGAGCUCUGCGGGGGCUGGCCCACCAGCUGUGCUGGACCAGCCUGUCCACAUCCAAAGGAUCAUUGAGGCCCCCAGGAUCCGCGUUCCCCGCCACCUUCGACAGACCUAUGUCCGUCAGGUGGGAGAGAUGAUUAACCUGCAAAUCCCCUUCCAGGGGAGUCCCAAGCCUCAGGCCUCAUGGACCCACAAUGGUCACGCCCUGGACAGCCAGCGGGUGAGUGUGCACACCGGGGACCAGGACUCCAUCCUCUUCAUCCGCUCAGCCCAGCGCUCCGACUCAGGCUGCUAUGAGCUCACUGUACAGCUGGAAGGCCUGGAGGCCAAGGCAGCCAUCAACAUCCUGGUGAUCGAGAAACCUGGAUCCCCCAGCAGCAUCAGACUACUGGAUGUCUGGGGCUGCAACGCUGCCCUCGAGUGGACACCACCCAAGGACACAGGCAACACAGAGCUCCUGGGCUACACAGUGCAGAAGGCAGACAAAAAGACAGGGCAAUGGUUCACAGUGCUGGAGCACUACCACCCGACCACCUGCGCAAUCUCCGACCUCAUCGUGGGUAACUCUUACUCCUUCCGAGUCUUCUCGGAAAACCUGUGCGGACUCAGUGCCUCGGCGGCCGUCACCAAGGAGCUCGCCCAUAUCCAGAAGGCAGAUAUUGUUGCCAAACCUAAAAGCUUUGUUGAGCGAGACUUCUCAGAAGCCCCUUCGUUCACCCAGCCCCUGGCUGACCACACCUCCACCCCUGGCUACAGCACGCAGCUCUUCUGCAGUGUCCGAGCAUCACCCAAGCCCAGGAUCAUCUGGAUGAAAAACAAUAUGGACAUCCAGGGUGAUCCCAAAUACCGCGCCCUCUCUGAGCAAGGUGUCUGCACCCUGGAGAUCCGGAAACCCAGCCCCUUCGAUUCCGGGGUCUACACCUGCAAGGCCAUCAAUGUGCUGGGGGAGGCGUCUGUGGACUGCCGGCUGGAGGUCAAAGCCUCAGCCACACACUGAAGAGCCACUGGUGGAGGCUGUGAUGAGGAGGAAGGUGCUGCAGGCCUGAGGGUUCAGGGCAGCCAGGCCCAGAAUCAAGCUCCACGGAGGCCAGAGGUCCCAUCUCCAUAGUGAUGACUGAUGGCUUUGCUCCUUGGUAUCUGCCUAGCAGGCCCCAGGCCAGGCUUCCUGGAUACAAGGGGCCCUGGAAAGUGCAAAGAUUGGAGCGCUCCUGCAGAGAGUUGUACACUGGGCGAGAAGCAUUUGAAUAAAGGUGUGUGGUGAUACAGUGCAGGGGCCUCUGUGACAAGCACCGUCAUGAUGAGGGCGGCACUGCGUCACCACGAGGGGGUGUUGAAUGCGUCACCACGAGGGGGUGUUGAAUGUAUCGCCACGAGGGGGUCUCCACCUCUGACACCAUGAGGAAGGUGCCAGUGGGAGGGGGCUCGCAGUGUCAUGGGGGUUUUCCAGAUAUGAGAGUUUUUAGGAUCUCAUUUCAUGUGCAGAGUUUGCUACCUGAAGAGGAUAACUAUAGGA